GGAACUAGCGGCAGACAAGGAGGGAGGAGCGCAUGGUACAUGCAAUGAUCGCUACCAGGCGCUGUACACUGAUAAAUCCCCGCUGCUCCCAUAUCAGCACGCAAUGCGUUAUUAAUCGCGCUGUGAGUGCGCCCAGCGCUUCGCUCUCCCCGGCUGCUACUUGCACAGCGACAUGCUGCCCUGGAAGAAAAGCAAAUUCGACCUGAUCGAGGAGGAUCCGAAGCAGGGGAAGCAGAAGGGCUAUGCAGUGAGCCUCAACUACAGCGCUCUCACCUCCUUCGCCAAGUCCUGCCCGGAGGGGGCCCUGACUCGGGUGGGCAGCAUGUUCAAGUCCAAGAGGAAGAAGAUCAAGAUCACGGGGGAAGACCCGACAUACACGGUGCUGUACUUGGGCAACGCUACGACCCUUCAGUCCAAGGGAGAGGGCUGCACGGACCUAGCGGUGAGCAAGAUCUGGAGCAAGAGCGAGAUGGGCAAACACGGCACCAAGAUGAAGCUGACUAUCAGCUCGCAGGGGAUCCGCAUGGUGCACGUGGAAGACAAAGCCAAGCGACCCGGCCACCUGUAUCUGCUGCACCGAGUCACCUACUGCGUGGCCGAUCCCCGGCUGCCCAAGAUUUUCGCCUGGAUCUACCGGCACGAGAUGAAGCACAAGGCGGUGAUGCUGCGCUGUCACGCGGUGCUGGUGUCCAAGCCCGAGAAGGCGAAAGCCAUGGCCCUGCUCCUGUACCAGACCUCCGCCAACGCCCUGACCGAGUUCAAGAGGCUCAAACGGAGAGAGGAUUCCCGGCACCAGCAGCAACAGCUGAUCGGCGAGCACAGCAUCCCCUUAGUCCCCAUGAGGAAGCUCCUCAACGGACAGUGCUGCUACAAACCCCCCGUGGAGCGGAGCCGGAGCGCUCCCAAGCUGGGCUCCAUCACGGAGGAUCAGCAGGGGGAGGAGGAGGAGGAGAGGGCGAUGAGCUUCGAGUGUGAGGAUGUGCUGGAUACCGGGGGUGGAGGGGAGGCUGAGGAGGAGGAGGAGGUGGUGAAGCGGGAGCUGUCUCAGCUUAUCAGUGAUCUCGGGGAGAUGAGUCUGGGCAAUGACUUGCAGACCCUGAAGGCGGACCUGAGAGUGACCAGGCUCCUGUCCGGGGAGAGUACGGGCAGCGAGUCGUCUAUAGAGAGUAACCAGGACACCGGGCCCAUCACCAACGGCUUUGAGGAGUGCAGAGAAGCAGAGACUGUAUGAGCAGGGCCACAGGGGCCCACCGACUGCCUCAUCCUCACUCACUGUCACCAAUAUAAAGCCAGAAUAGUGGCCCUGGGGGGAAUGGGUUUUUCAUCAGGGGUGCCCACCUGGUUCUUUCUUUUUCAUCUUCAGAACAGACCAUUAACUCGCAGUUUUUCAACAAGUAAUUUAAUGUAAAGUGACUGGUACCAUAUUUUAUUGAGAUAUUGAUUCCCUGAUGGCACCUUUAUCCUGCAGGAGAUCUUUUGCUAUGGAACCUGCCUGAUUGUGAGGAUCCCUGUUGCUGGUAUAGACUGGCGAUCUCCAGCUGGCGGCCCUGUGCUUGUAUAAUCCUUAUGAGCAGGCUUCAGCUGUUGGGGGUACUGGAUGAUACUAUAGAUCAGGUGGAGGGUCACUGGACAGACAUUACUGAGUAGCUAUUAUGCAUUGCACCUGUCUACAAAGUGGAAAUUGAUUUCUGAAACUGAAGGUGGUGGGAAAAUACGGAACACCAUUUGAAUGCACAAUGACCGCAAUAUGGGGUGUGUGUAAGGGAUCCACUUAGUAAUGGGGGUCAAGGUAAAUUCCAUAACAAACACAAACCAGGUUCCUUUCCAUGGCCAGUAACAGUUUUGUGCUGUGGGUGAGUGUCAGGUGACUAUAUAUUGCAAUGGGUUGCACACUUUUCUGACGCUCUAGUUUAACUACCCAUUGUUGCAGUGAAUGUGUUGAGGUGCAAUAAUGUGCAAGCCCCUAUAACUCAACACCUUAAAGAAUUAUUGGGUCUCUGUAUGUGGGGAAAACUUAAAUAACACCAAGAGUAACUUUAUGUAGUAAGACGGCUGUGGAAUAAUUGUAAAAGAACUGGUUCACUGUCAUAGAUCUGAGGGUCAUAGCUGCCAAAGGGCAAACGGGCAAUCCUGCACAAGCGUCUCCAAAAAAUAAUCUAAACCAAUAGGAUUAUGUAUGCUGUGACGAUAGCGUGGAUUAAUGGAAGUUGAACAUAACAUGUAUGUGCAUCUCCUAGUAAGGACAGCAACUGUGAAGUCAUGUAUACAGUAAAGCAGAUAGUGUGUGUGCAAUAAUUCUUUUGGGGCCUAAUGCAAGUUGUAUGAACCUGUGGUGCUUAUUCACCAGAGAACAGUAUUAUUUCUAACACAUCCUAUAAUUACUGUAAUGAAACCUUGUUUCAGAAAGAAAUAUACCCUAAGACCUAGCUUGCAUUACAGGCUAGAGCAAAAAAGACUUUCCUUUUUUGACAUUAUAAACCUAUAUAAUACAACUAUUUAUAGAAUGGACCAACCUCUUCUAAUUAAUUAAUGGAUUGCCAGGGUUGAGGGCAUGAGAUAUAUAUUUAAUUUUUUUUUCAGCAGCCCUGGGUUUUUGAGGAUCUUUGUGCCAUUUUUCCAGAUGGGAUUAAGACUAGUUUUCUUGCGUAGACAGAGUACCAAGGAAUACACGCACAUGUAAGCACUCUUUGAGGGUCAGUCUGCUCAUACAAGUAGGCAAAGUUGGCUCCAAAUAAUAACAUGGGAUAAUGUGAGAUUGUAUGUGCGAAUGGUCAGUGCCACUUGUAGAUAUACUGAUUUUGCACACUUCUUAUGUUAAAAAUAGUGGCAAUAUCUUUCUACACUCCAAUAAUUGUUCCUUCUCUCUUGUAUCUGGGACAUAGGUGUACAUGUAACGGUGGUAGGUAAUAGCACUGGAUUUGCCAAACUCUUUCAUUGUGUAUGUAAACCCUAAGCCACCUGGGAAAGCUGACCGUGAGAAGAGGUUUAACAACAUGCAAUAGAACAUCCAUGUAGUAAUACAUGCACUCACCAUGGUACCUGGUACAAGUGGAGCCUAAGUUAAGUAGGCAUGGGCUUGUAUCAUUGUACUUCUUGUAUCUGAUGGUAUCUCAUCAUGUGGGAGACAACACCAUGCUGUCUAUUAUCCAUUUAGCAGUGCUGACUACAUCAUUAACUAGCAGUAAGCUACAGGAUAUAUGCCCAUGCCUUAAACUUGUAUUUUAUAUUUAAAUAUCCAUUUAAUUAUUCUUUCUAUCUUUUCAUGUGCUUCUAAACCCUAUUUCAGUUAUAAAUAGGCAUUGCAAGUCCACACUGUGGCCCCUUGGGUUUCUUGGACUGCAGCAAUUGGGGAGUCACUGGUUGAACAAUCUCCAUUCCCCCCUCAUCUGACAGUGUUUCCCAACACUAUAUAGAUGGAUAACAGCACAGUAAGGCAAAACGGAGAGAGAGAGACUGGCAAAUCCUAAGUGGCGGAAUUAAUACUUUUAAACACUACGACUGGCCAUACAUUUUACUUACAAAACAAGCUGCAGUACAUGUGCCCCAUAAUGCAUUUCAAUUGUCGGAGGGGAACAAUUAGCAAUGUUUCCAUUCACAUGCACAGGCUUGGGAUCUAGCUUUAUACCUCAGAAUAGCACCACCUAACAGCUAACACUCCACUUCUAAAUCAGCCUGUAGAACCUGGUACCGUAUUAUGUUUACACUUUGUUUUUGGAACCAGCCCAAAGGGAUCACAUCCUGUUUUCGAUCUCAUGACAUUCCAUAAUGGGGUUUUUUUUGUUUUUUUUUUAAUACUUGCACUGUUGUGAAGUACUUUGCCAGUGUUUCAUAAUUGUAAAUAGAUCUAUUUUUUUGUACAUAUUGUAAAUCACAUAAAUAUAAAUGUUAUCUUUGCUGUGCAAAAGAAAAAUUGUUGUUGUUCUCCUGUAAAUAUUUUGUGUAUAUAAUUUCUUUUUGUUACUUUAUAAAGGACAUCACUGUUCUGAUGUUUGUUUGCACACAUGAAAAAUAAAUUAAUAUAAGGUUA